AUGGACCUGAAUGUACGCCGGCGGGAGGACCGAUUGCGCACGAAGAGUCUGGGCGGAGGGAUGGCUACUGGUAACGGCUGGACACGACGGGGUGCUGUACUCCGACGUGUGAAGCUUGAAGAAAAUCAGAACUCCAUGCCCACAGUUGAGCAAAGCUACGCGAGAGAAAACGGUGGGACUCAAGGGUGCUGUUCAGUUUUUUCGGCUGAAUUUUUGGGAAGAUUUUGCACGCUAGAAUUUUGGGAAGCUUUUCGGGAAGAAAUCGGCUUUCUCUCUUCUGAUGGUAGCAGCGGCUCAGUCUCCUUCCAUAGCUCCGGUGCCGUCAUCAGUGGUCAGAUCACCGUCUACGUCGCCAGUGCCGCCGAGGGGCGCUCGGUCCCCGGCUCCGACGUCAACCGCUACGCCGCUUUCGGCACCGGCAACUCCCUCUCCCACGCCGGCGGACGCGCUUUCGCCGCAGUCUCCUCCGCCGGCGGCAUCUUCCCCGUCCCCGUCCGUCGCCUCGCCACCGUCGGACAUCGCACCAGCUCCCCGCCCCAACGGCGGCGUCGUAAACAGGGUGGGGCUCGCGGCCAUCGCCGCCGGAUUUCUGGCGGUCUCUAUGGUUGCGUAAAUAGUUGGGGAGUGGUGGCCGCCGGCGUACCUUUUAGUCUAGAUCGACUUUUCGCCUUUGUUUAUUUGUUGUUACAAGCAUCAUUGGAAGAGUUAGUGCUGAGAAUUACUCACAAGAGGGGAGGUGAUGGGGACAAUGAGGCCAAUCCUGGUGUCAAAACUCAAAGAAAACUUAGUCUGGUAGAUUCAACCUCUCCUAAAAAGGACUUCAUACAUUCUAGUAAACUAAGUACCAGUCAGGGAUUGCAUGAGGAUGAACAGGGAUACGACAGCCUCUCAAAUCCCAAGGAAGCUCCAAUCAUAGAAGUAAAGAUGGAGGCUGAGACAGAAAUGGCUCGAGACCAUAACUCAGGCCAGAUAAAGGAAGUACAAAAAACCUAG